GAGCUGGAGGAUAUGGUCAUGGGUCUAGAGGCGUCGCCGUCGGCAAUGAAUUCACCUACGGCCCCUGCGCCGCCCAACCUGAGCAUGCUGACGAUGAACCAGUUGGACAAUCGGGACGUCAAGCGGAUCAAGCAGAAUAAUAACAAUAUGAAGUGUGCUAAGCAGUGGCAGAGGAAGAGCAUGAGAGGGAGGAAGUUCUCCAAGAGCCGCGGGUACCUGAGCGUGACGACCGAGGAGGUGGAGGUCAUAGCCGUUCCGACGCCACCGCCUCCAGGGAUCUUCCCGCAGACGGACCCGUACAGCAAGGCCGCCUCCUCCGCCAGCGUCGCCGAGGGCUACGAGAUUUCCUCGACUGCCGCCGCCUCUUCCCAGGGCGGCAAGGUAAGUGAAACCCAGGAGGAGCUGAAGGAAAUGCGGAGGCUCACGAGGCUUCGCAAGCAGCAGAAGGUGAAGGAGACGCAGGAGAUCGCUACGUUGGUGCGGGACUUGAUGGCGUUGGCAUCGGCUGACGAGUGCGAGGCCGUUUAUGAAGAUGAUUUUCGGCAUGAAGGCGCUGGAGCUUACAACGAUGGCUGGGACUGCAAGGCGCAGCGCGACAAGGACAUGCACCGCGGGAUGCGGCUCGUUUUUGAGGACCAGGCCCAGAAUGCUGAGAAGUUGAUGGUCGACUUUGAGAAUGGCAUGAUCACCCAGACCGCUUUCGAUGAGCGGCUGAAGGAGCCUUUGAAGGUCACGAG